CCUCCCCUCCUUCUCCCCCCUCCUCCUCCCCCUCUGCUUCGCUGCUUCCCUCCCUCUCCCCCUCAGGGCCGGGAAGCUCAGUCUCCAGUCCAGGAUCGCAGGGAGCCGCCCAGUUUCCCGGGACUCGCUGGGAGGCGGCGGCAGAGUAGCAGGUGCAUCUGCCCCUAGAGCCAGGACCCAGCCAUGGCGAACGAGGCUCAGCCCUGCCCCUGUGACAUCGGCCACCGCCUGGAGUAUGGGGGCCUGGGGUGCGAGGUGCAGGUGGAGCACUUCGGUGCCUACCUCAGCCGGCCCCCUGCGCCCACCGACAGAGCCGUCAUUGUGGUCCAGGACAUAUUUGGCUGGCGUCUGCCCAACACACGCUACAUGGUUGACAUGAUCGCAGGCAACGGAUACACAACCAUCCUUCCAGACUUCUUUGUGGGCCAGGAGCCGUGGGACCCUGCUGGGGACUGGGCCACCUUCCCAGAGUGGUUGAAAACAAGAAACCCCAGGAACAUUGAUAAAGAGAUCUCGGCGGUGCUGCGGUAUCUCAAGCAGCAGUGUGGGGCCAGGCGAGUGGGCGUGGUGGGCUUCUGCUGGGGCGGCGUGGUCGCCCACCACCUCAUGAUCAGCUGCCCCGAGCUCCGCGCAGGGGUGUCCGUCUACGGCAUCGUCAAGGACUCUGAGGAUGUCGCCAGCUUGCAGGGCCCCACGCUCUUCAUCUUUGCUGAGAACGAUGCUGUGAUCCCUCUGUCACAGGUCUCGGCACUGACGCAGAAGCUGCAGGAGCACUGCCAGGUGGAGUACCAGGUGAAGACGUUUGCGGGCCAGACCCAUGGCUUCGUGCACCGCAAGCAGGAGGACUGUGCCUCCGAGGACAGGCCCUAUGUGGAUGAGGCCCGCAGGAACCUGCUGGAGUGGCUGAGCAGGCACGUCUGAUGGCAGAGGCCAGAGGCGUGCUGGCAGUGGCUUGCUUUCCAGAAAGGCAGGUUUGAACCCAGGAGGCCCAAGGGCCCUGCUUGCCUGUCCCACAGAUCUGGGGGAUUCCUGUGCUGUGAGCCCAGUCGGCGUUGCUUGUGCGCAUAAAUAAAACAGAUGCAAACAGA